AUGCCCAAGCGUACCGAACGCAAGCGCGAGAGACGGAGGCUCCGUCGAUUCCUCCUCAUCGCGCUGCCCCGUCGCCACUUUUCUCUGUCUUCCACCACACUCUCUAUCAAGCGGCUCGCCAUCACCGAGGCCUCGAGCAGUGCCAGUGCCAACGUUCCGGCUCGCGCUGCGGACACUCCACCUCGCGAUGCGAGUGACAACAACGACCUGCGUGAUCGACUCGCGAUACUCGAGGCUUCAGUCGCCCGUCUUCUCACGAGCGAGACCGUCCGUGACCGUGACCAGCGAAUCGCGGACCUCGAGGCUUUAGUCUCCAGUCUUCGCAGUCAAGUCGCCGAACGCGACGCGCAGGUGUCCGGGCUCAAUCAGCGGCUCGGCGGACGCGACGUGCAGCUCGCCGGCUACAACCAGCGGGUCAGUAUAUGCGAAACAGAGAUAACCUUCCUCAAGCGGCAGGUCGCCGAACGUGACACGCAGAUCACCGGGCUCAACCGGCGGGCCACCGAACGCGACGUGCAGACCAACGGCCUCAUCCAGCGGGUCGCCGUACGCGACACGCAGAUCACCAGCCUCGACCAGCGGAUCGCCGAACGCAACACGCAGAUUUCAGCCCUCGACCAGCGGAUCGUCGACCGUGACGUGCAGAACAACGGCCUCGUCCAGCGGGUCGCCGUAUGCGAGACGCAGAUCACCGGCCUCGAAGGGCGGAUCAACGAACGCGACACGCAUAUCCGAGCCCUCAACCAGCGGAUCACCGAGCGCGACGCGCAGACGUCUGUCCUUAACCAGCGGGUCGCCGAACGCGACGCGCAAAUCUCCUCCCUCGACCAGCGGGUCGCCGUACGCGACAGGCAGGUUACCGAACUCGACCAGCGGAUCGCUGUACGCGACAGGCAGAUCACAGCUCUCGAAGGGCGGAUCGACGAACGCGACGGGCAAAUCAGAGCCAACCAGCGGAUCGCCGAACACAGUACCAUUGUUCAGCAAGUAACACGCGCGAUCCAUUCGGUCGCCCCCCAUUGGCUCGCCCGCUUCCUCCCUGGUUAG